GUAAGUACGAAUUAUUCGUGCUCAACACUGCACUUUGAACCAAAAAAUGCUGAAAAAUUGUUUAGCCUUUAGUCGGCGGACUUCAAGUUUGUUGAAAGCUGUGAAAAUGUCGUCAACUCUAGCCAGUAAUAGAAAACUUGAUGGGAAAGUUGCAAUUGUUACAGCUUCAACAGAGGGAAUUGGAUUAGCAAUAGCUCGUAGACUAGGACAAGAUGGUGCUAAAGUAAUGGUGAGCAGUAGAAAACAGGUGAAUGUAGAUAAAACAGUGUCACAACUAAAGUCAGAAAAUCUUGAUGUAUCCGCUGUCGUAUGUCAUGUCGCUAAACCAGAAGAUAGAUCUAAGCUUAUUGAACAGACAUUAUCACAGUUCGGUGGUAUAGAUAUUCUUGUGUCAAAUGCUGCAGCUAAUCCAACCUUUGGACCAAUACUUGAUACAGAAGAGUCAGCAUGGGACAAAAUAUUUGAGACCAAUGUGAAAGCUUCAUUCUUCCUGUGUAAAGAAAUUGUUCCUCAUAUGGAGAAGAGAGGGGGUGGUUCUGUCGUAUUUGUUUCCUCCUUCGCUGGCUAUACACCAAUGGAGUUUUUAGGACCAUAUUCUGUGAGCAAGACAGCUUUAAUAGGUUUAACAAAAGCCCUAGUACCUCAGUUAUCGACAAUGAAUAUCAGAGUGAACUGUGUUGCUCCAGGUGUUAUCCAGACUAAAUUUAGUGAACAGUUAUGGAAGAAUCCAGCAGUUAAAGAUAUGAUGUUACAGCUGAUACCAAUGAAACGGAUAGGUGAAACUCCAGAAGUUGCAGGUCUUGUGUCAUUUCUCAGCUCGGAUGAUGCAUCAUAUAUCACAGGGGAGACAACUCUUGUCACAGGUGGGAUUCCAGGGAGGUUAUGAUGAAACUUACAACUUUAAAAUGCCUUAAGAUGUGUUGCCAUUAGGUGAGAGAGAGUUCAUAUGGGAGGAAUGUUUUGGAGAAUUGUCAACAAUUUUACCAGUCGGUGGAUGCUGCAGCUGUUUAACUCGGGACUUCUUUUUAAACUCGGCCAAUUAUCUGAACUUUUAAGGAAUAGAUUAGACAUUUCUGUUUCUAAGGAUAUUUUUUUGAUUUCCUUUCAACUUUUGCCCAGACUGGAUUUGAUUAUAAAUACUUAUAUAAUAAAUACAGUGCAGAAAAGAAAGGAUCUUUCACAUGUUCAUAAUGUACUGUAGAAUGAAAAAUGUUUGCAAGGGAUUUAUUUUUGCUACAUAUUUGUUAACUGUCAACACAGAAGAGCUAUUAAUGUUAUAAAUAGACUUUUGUGUGUGUUUCACUUGAUAACAUUAUACCAUGGAAACCAGUUUGAAUGAAAACACCAGCAAAGAUUUGAUCUCUAGUAAAUAUUUGAUUUUUUUUUAUAAAUGUUGAUUUUCCAAGGAUAUAUGCUUCCAAAUUCGUAAGUUAGGAAAUGAGAAUUUACAGCAUCGAAAUGAAAAAUAAUCUUCCUUGUUCUUCUGGUUUUGAUCAUAACUUAUUACAUGAUGUUAUAACAAAAAUUCAUUAGGUUGGCUGAUUUUGUGGUAAUAAGGUGUUGUCACAGGCGCUUGAAGCUCUAUCAAUAAAUUUAUGUAUAAUCAUAUUCCAUCCACUUAGUAUGCUAUGAAAUAGUAUUUAUGGUCUCUUCGAGAGAUCUAAACUGAAUAUUCUUCAUUGAACUUCAUACCCCUGUGAUGUUUUGUAUAUUAAAUAGAAUAUAAAAUUAAUAGUGAAUAUGUUUAUAACUUAGUUAAAUGCUAUCUGUUUCUGGCAAUAAUGUAUGUGAGGAAAGAGAGGCAGUUUACAGAAGAUAUGGGAACUGAAAUGCAGCAUUUUUGUUUAUCUGAUAUAGCUGUGAUAAAAUGUAUAUACAAGACAUAUAAUAUGCAGAUAAUAAAUUCUGACUUAAAACA